GUGAACCAUGCCCACGGCGGGAGUGGCGGUGGCCCCCUAGGCCCAAGCUUUCCCACACCGGCUAUUGCCAGACGUCUGUGGGGCUUCCCCCGGCCCUCCUCCUCAUCUUCCCGUGGCCGGCUGACCGGCCAGGGUUUCCUCAUGGCGGCAGGGGUGGGGCGGCGGCGGCAGCGUGGGAACGGGGCGGCGGCGGCAGUGCUGUGCGCCUGCGUGGCGGCCAUGUCCCUGCUGCACGCGGGCGGGCUGGCCCGUGCCGACUGCUGGCUGAUCGAAGGUGACAAGGGUUUCGUGUGGCUGGCCAUCUGCAGUCAGAACCAGCCCCCCUACGAGUCCAUCCCGCAGCAGAUCAACAGCACCAUCGUGGACCUGAGGCUGAACGACAACAAGAUCAAGAGCGUGCAGUACUCCUCGCUCAGCCGCUUCGGGAACCUGACGUAUCUCAACCUGACAAAGAACGAGAUCUCCUCCGUGGAGGACGGGGCCUUCUCGGCCCAGUUCAAUCUGCAGGUCCUGCAGCUGGGCUACAACCGGCUGAGGAACCUGAGCGAGGGGCUGCUCCGGGGCCUGGGCAAGCUCGAGUACCUCUACCUGCAGGCCAACCUCAUCGAGACGGUCACCCCCAACGCCUUCUGGGAGUGCCCCAACGUCAUGAACGUCGACCUGUCCAUGAACCGCAUCCAGAGGCUGGACGGCGGCACCUUCGCCGGCCUGAGCCGCCUGUCCGUCUGCGAGCUGUACAGCAACCCCUUCUACUGCUCCUGCGAGCUGCUGGCCUUCCUCCGCUGGCUGGCCGACUUCGCCAACGCCACCCGCGCCUACGACCGCGUGCAGUGUGAGUCCCCGCCCGACUACGCCGGCUACUUCCUGCUGGGCCAGGGCCGGGGCGGCUACCGCAACGCCUUGGGCACGCUGGCCGCCCUGUGCGCCGACGGGGCCCGCCCGGCCGCGGGGCCCCGCCGCCUGCCGCCCGCCCGCCCCCCGCCGCCCACGGCUGCCGCCCCGCUCGAGGACGGGCACGCCUGCCCCGAGGACGACUGCUUCUCGGGGGACGGCCCCACGCUGCCCACCUCCCCACGCCCGCCCGCCCCGGGGCCGGAGGCACGGCCCCACAUCCGGGUCAAGCACCUGACCCACAACUCGGCCACGCUGACGGUUCAGCUGCCCCACCCCUUUGGCAAGAUGUACGUGUUGGCCCAGUUCGAGAACGGCUUCUCCUCGGACAUCACCAAGCUGCGCAAGGAGCGGGAGGACAUCGAGCUGGCCAACCUGGUAGCCCACACCAACUACACCUACUGCGUGGUCUCGCUGGGCCAGCCGCUGCGCUACAACCACACCUGCCUUACUAUCUGCCCCAGCCGGCCGCCGCCGCCGCCCCCGCCCUCCCCGGGGCCCGCGCUCGGCUCCGCCACCGCCACCCACUACAUCGUGACCGUCCUGGGCUGCCUCCUGGGCAUGGUGCUGGUGCUGGGCCUCGUCUACCACUGCCUGCGCCGCCGCCGCCGCCGCCAGGAGCAGCACAAGAAGGCGGCCGCCGCCACUGCCGCCGCCUCCGCCGGCAGCCUCAAGAAGACCAUCAUCGAGCUCAAGUACGGGCCCGAGCUGGAGGCCCCGGGUGGGCCCUUCCUGCCCCCGGCAGCAGGGGAGGCAGAGCCCUAUAAGCUGGGCGAGGCCGGAGGGACCCCCAGGACCAAGGGCAACUACAUGGAGGUGCGGACCGGUGACCAGCGCGACCGGGAGCCGGGCUUGGGCCCCGACGCCCAGGGCUCUGUGGCCGAGAUUUCCACCAUCGCCAAGGAGGUGGACAAGGUCAACCAGAUCAUCAACAACUGCAUCGACGCCCUCAAGUCCGAGGCCACCUCCUUCCAGGGGGUCAAGUCCGGGGCCGUGUGCGCCGUCGAGCCCCAGCUGGUCCUCCUGUCCGAGCAGCCGUCCAGCCAGCGCGGCGCCUUCCUCGCCCCCGCCUACCAGGACAGCUACGCCCACCCGCUGCAAAGGCACCACGGCCCCGAGGGCCCCUCGACGCGUGCCAGCACCUCCUCCUCGGGUGGAGGUGGUGGUGGUGGCUCCAUCCGCAGCCCCCGCCCGUUCCGCCCCGAGGCCUCCACCCACAAAUACGCUGACAAGGUGGCGGCAGCGGCGGCAGCCUCUGGUCCCGCCGACGCCAUCCUCACCGUGACCCCGGCGGCUGCCGUCCUGCGGGCCGAGGCUGAGCGGAUCCGGCAGUUCGGCGAGCACCGGCACUCGUACCCCGGGUCCCACCCGGGGGAGCCGCCGCCCCCGACCCCGCCACCCCCGCACGACAGCCUGGGGGCCCGCAAGCCCUCCAUCCUGGAGCCUCUGACCCGGCCCCGGCCCCGGGACCUGGCCUACUCCCCGCUGUCCCCCCAGUACCGCCACCUGAGCUACUCGUCCAGCCCAGAGUACGCGUGCCGGCCCUCCCACAGCAUCUGGGAGCGCUUCAGACUGAACCGCCGGCGCCACAAGGACGACGACGAGUUCGUGGCGGCCGGACAUGCCCUGCGCAAAAAGGUCCAGUUCGCCAAAGACGAGGAUCUCCACGACAUCCUAGACUACUGGAAGGGCGUAUCGGCCCAGCACAAGUCCUGAAUCCCCACCCUUCCCCCCUCUCCCGCGUCCCGCUGCCAGGCCCGUUUCCCCCGCUCCCUCAACCCCACCGUGCUCCCGCCCCUGGCUUUCCCUUUCCAAAACUUUUGAUCCCACCGGACCAAAAGGAAAUACAAGGUGCCAGAGGCGGCAGCCAUUUUUAAUCCAGAGACCACCUAUUAGAAACAAAACACAGAGUGGCAUCGGCCGUCUCCGCCAGCGGGGAAAGUGGGUGGAAAAGAUUUACAAAAGAAAAUAUAUAACGGUGAUCUAUAUAUCUAAUAUAUACAGAGAGUGACAGGUCUCACCCUUACAAGUGACGCACCAAAAACGCGCACGCACACACACCAGACAUACACCCAUACCCACACCAAACUUUGGAGAACUGUGGCUUUGGGGAGGGGCAGGGUAGGGAGUUUUUCAGUUUUCUUUUUUUUUUUUUAAGAAAAUAACUGACUUAAAAAAAGCAAAAACAAAAAUAAAGAGCACCAGGGGGAGAGGUUCGGGGUCCGCCGCCGGGCCCAAUGUUGCAUCG